GAAGAAAUUUCCACAUCGAUAUAGCCUACUUUUUAUCCUUAAAAUGAAUAAUAAUUGACUGUUGUCAAUAUGACAAGUAUGACCCCUGCCAGGAAAGGUGAUUUGACACCUGAAGAGAGAGUGAUGCUGCAGGUGGCUGCUACAGGUGAUGUGCAAGAGGCCACCCAGCUUCUUAGCAAUCCAAAUGUGCAUGUUAACUGUCUGGAUGAGUAUGGCAUGACCCCUCUCAUGCAUGCGGCCUAUAAGGGUAAAGCAGACAUGUGCAGACUGCUGCUGCAGCACGGAGCUGAUGUCAACUGCAAUGAGCACGAGUAUGGUUAUACUGCCCUCAUGUUUGCUGGCCUCUCAGGUAAUGCUGAAAUUACAGAGAUGAUAUUGGAUGCUGGAGCAGAGACAGAUCUGGUCAACUCAGUGGGACGGACUGCUGCUCAGAUGGCCGCCUUUGUGGGUCAGCAUGACUGUGUGACGGUGAUCAACAAUUUUUUUUCUCGUGCGAGGUUGGAAUACUACACCAGACCCCAGGGCUCAGAGAGAGAACCUAAACUACCCCCAAAACUAGCAGGACCCCUACACAAAAUCAUCAUGACUACUAACCUCAAUCCUGUCAAGAUGGUGAUGCUGGUGAAGGAGAACCCCUUAUUGGUGGACGUGGUUGCCCUGGAGAAGUGCUACCGUGUGAUGGAUCUGCUCUGCGAGCAGUGCGUGCAACAGCAAGACAUGAAUGAGAUUCUGGCCAUGAAAAUGCACUACAUCAGCUGUGUACUGCAGAAGUGUCUGGCCUUCCUGCAGGAAUGUGACGACAAACUAGACGCCCUUUUGAAGAGACUUCUAAAAGGAAGAGAUGGUGAUGGCUUCCCUCAGUACCAGGAGAAAUUCAUCCGUGAUUGUAUCCGGAAGUUUCCCUAUUGUGAGGCAACCCUUCUGCAGCAGCUGGUUCGAAGCAUAGCACCUGUGGAAAUUGGGAACGACCCCACAGCCUUCUCGGUUCUGACCCAGGCAUUGACGGGCCAGAUGGUGCUUAUGGACACUGAGUACUGUGCUACUUGUGGGGAGAGGGGUGCCGACAAGAAGUGCUCCUACUGUAAAACGGUGGUCUACUGUGGGCAGACGUGUCAGAGGCUGCACUGGUUCACCCAUAAGAGGCAGUGCAAAACCCCUGUGCAACAAAGAGAUUCUCAGUUCAACAGCCAACCAAAACUGAGAGAACUUUCUAGCAAUGCUGAUGACAGUGAUGCAGAGAAGGCUGCCAGCUCGAUGCUGGCUCUUUGUCUGGGGUUUUCAGAGUGUGUACUUCAGCACAGUCCUUCUGAUGACCACCAUGAAACCUCUGAAGAUGAUCCUCGUGCUGGACAGGACUAAGGAACAGAAAGAUGUUGGCUGUCGUUUCUUUGCCCAGUCGAUGCUCAACUCCCUUGAGCAUCGAGUUCAGGCUCAGUGUGCUGUGCUGUGAUUGGUGUUCUGCAUUCUAUAGGACACUUAAACCAUGAUACAGAAGUGUUGGAUUGUAUACUCAUUCUGAGCUGUGUAAGUACCACACAGACGACAGCACAUGUAGAGCACGUUAAAACUACUGGCAAAAGGACGUCCUAUUUGGACAUCUGUUCUCAAGACACAUAGAAAAGCUUUGAGGAUUUUCUCUACCACAUAAAGUGCUAUGUAACAUUUGGCCCUCUAGUGGUUAAAAACAAAACUGCUUGCAUUUUGUGGAAGAACAUUGUUUUGGUUGUGCUUUGGCUCUGCAUGACUUUGCAGAUGAAUAUGACCCUUCACAAUAGAUUAUAUGGCAAUUUAUCUGUUCAAUAAAAUAUCUUACUCACCUGUUGAGUAAUAAAAACACCAUCUCUGCAUCGCUUUUACAACAUUUCAAAUCCCUCAGUUCUCGCCAUCUCUGAAAAGCCAAGCAAAUGACGCAAAUCCUCUGUUCUGCGUUUUUUUUAAACUGGUGAUUCCCCAGAGAUUAGAGAUUUAGCAUGCUCCAUGUCAACCUUUCUCAAUUGUUGUGACAACUAACCUAUGCCACUUCCACACAAUACACACCUCAAAAUAGCCGGAGAAACUUUUCUCUAUUUACGGAUAUGACGAGACACGUAUGACGAGUGACGUAUGUACGUGAUUUCCUGUGAAAACCAUCCCACCCGGUCAAAAAUAUAAACACUUAUAAUAGACUUACUAUAGUGAAUCAGGGUAAGACAAAAACACAAAAUUUGGAAGAAGGGUUGAUGAUGUAUUGACUCAUUAUUUAAAUUUGUUAAUUUUGAAAAAAAAAAAAAAAAGUUACAUAGUAUAACAUUAAGUCAGACCCUUUUUAAUUUCUUAUUCACUGAAAAAAAUUGGGCGUAGAAACUAUUUUUACUCAGAAAUUGCUUGUAAAUUUCACAAACAAUUACAAAGAAUCAGAAAGUAACAAGUUGAAUCAAAUGUACAAUUUUAAAGUAGAAAACCUGAAAUAGUAUUUUCUGAAAAUGUACUGUACUGUAUUUACAACUUUGAUUUUUUUUUUUUUUUUUUUUUUGUCUUUUGUAGUAUAUCUUUCCUAUUUUUGCUGGUUUCAUAACGAGUUUUUUUACUCUGCUUUUUCUUUCUCACAUAAUUUGCUUUUAAAGUACAACUAUCUCUAAAGUUGUUCAUAUUGCUCUGAAAGCUUAAUUUUAUCUAAACAUUGAGGAGCUUUUUUCCAUUAUCAAAUAAAGAAAUGGAUGUAUUACAUGCAUAAUUCAGUAGUUUUGCCACUAGAGGGCAGCGUCCAACCUCUGAAGAUCAAGUAUGAUCUCAAACUUAGCAUCAGUGUAAUAUUUACUUCUUAGAAUGUGCAGUAUAAUAUCAUACAUGCUUUAAUCUAGCAGAUCUACAGUGUUUAUUACAAAAACAAACCUCUUUCAGAUUAAUUUUUGAUCACAAUAAUGAUCACCAAAUGAAACUGACAAUGUCAAAUUUCUUUUUCUUUUUUUUUUUAAAGUUUUUUUAUAUGUAUAUAUUAUAUAUGCAUCAUAUUUUUUCAUCAUUAAUCAGUAAAUACCAGCAUAUUCUCAGAAAAAUGUUUGGAAAACUUCCAGUUUAAGCUGUAGCUGUAGUACAGUGAGUUUUGUGCGAGCAGGGAUCUCCUCCAUGGACUUUCCCACACUUGGUCCUGUUGCACACAUCCUAAGGCACUCGCUCAGAAUUCUAUAGACGGCUCUGUCUGUUCCUGAGUGCUUUGUUCCCAGUCUCCACAUCCCCUCAUCCCAAGGGACUAUCUCACCCUGUGGGCCAAACGAGGGUCUAUUUAGCACACGCUUGUCACAUCGCAUGUCAAUAUACCCAUAACUCAGUGCCGUAACUUCUCUGUUUCCCCUGAGAUUCAUCCCUCUCCUGUCUCCAUCUAUGAGCAUGUCACGGUCAUUACAGGUGCAUGAAAGGACUAUCUCAAAUAUCCGGUUUUCAGAUGCAGAAAUUAGCGAAUGCCGCAUCGUAUCGCAUGACUUUGAUAUUCCUCUUUCAAGCCCCGAGGUUGCAUAUUCAGUGAUCCCCAAUAAACCCCCCCUCACCAAUAUGACUAACAGUGCUUUUUAGGUAAUAAGAGAUCAUUUUGACAGCAGUGGCUUUUGAAAUAAUUUUUUCUUCCAAAAAAAAAAAAAAAUCCUGCAUAAUAUUAAAGUGUUUUUCAUCCAAAUCAAAGACGUGUACCUGUGGGCAAGUGCAAUGAAUUAAUCGUAAAUGCCCGAGGAGAGACUGAAACUAGACACUUUUGGGGGAGCCACACAUUUUCGGUGGAAGAAAGUGAGCAUUGGGCUUUUGUGUUUCCUCCAUGUCAUUUGUGUUAUGCACAUUCAUUUGGUGAGCUCAUCGGAGGCACCUGUUUGGAUAAUUUUGGGGUAAAAUAAUCUAGGGCUAUCCUGUUUCAUGGGUUUUGUCAUGCAUGCCCGUACUUUACAGCACUCACUGGAGCUGAAUGCAUCAGGUUCUCAUGUAGAGGAUCUAAAUAUGCGUGAAAACUCACACCUCUCUUUUAAAGAGCGCAACAUCCUCAGCACAGUAUCUCUGUUUGAGAGUGUUGCAGGAUAGAGUUUGCUCUGUUAAGCUUGCAUUCAUUUGCAUGGAAGGAAUGUAUCCUUUGAGGUACAGAAUGGACGUUUCCUAUUUUCUAAAACCAGCACUAAUAGAAUAAAAGACUAAAAGAUUGCAUGCUGCUAAUUAAAUAAUUCUUUGUCAAAAUUUUAGAAUAAAAUUAAUACACCUGCAAAAUAUGAAAAUUCAACAAAAUGUAAUUCAAGAAAAUCCACCCAUCCAAUCCUCUUGUCCUCUGUGGGGUCACGGGAAUUCAAGAAAAUGUUAUCCAAAUUGAUCUUUGUUUUAAAGGGAUGGUUCACCCAAAAAUGAAAUUUUUGUCAUAAUUUACUCACCAUCAAGUUGUUCCAAACCUGUAUAAAUUUCUUUCUUCUGCUGAACACAAAGAUAUUUGGAAGAAUGUUUGUAACCAAGCAGAUCUCGCCCUCCAUAAGGGGCUUUCGCACCGAAUAGUUCUAGGAACUAGCCACUAGGAUAGUUCCCCGAGAACUAAUUUCUCCCCCGGGUCACGUUCCUGGUUGCAUUUGCACCAGGAAUAGGAACUCUGAAGCGGCCGACAGUGGCGCCUUUAAGUGCGGCAUUUACAAACACUAAAAACCGGUGGAUGGAGGAUGAUGUGAUUGGAGCGGUUUUUGUUGUGUGUCGUGGGUUUCAUGAUAACGGAGAUGGAAUGUAAACUCAUAAUUUACGUGACUGAAAGAGCAAAAAGUGGGGCUAAGAGACGAAAUCUCCUAUGACAACUUUCAGUAUUACAUAUCAUCGAGGUAGAGAUAAGAACACAACCCUGCAGACAGCAGGUAAAUGCUGUUAUCGCUAUUUUCCAUGUUUGUGAAGUAAAUAUGUUUACACAGCUUUUUAAAAAUGUCGGGUGCUGGUGUUUGACAUGCGUUUAACCAAUCAAUGUACACUUACGUCACUGAUAGUUCCUAUAGUGCUGGUUUAGACCCUACUCUGAAGUAGGAGCUAAUUUAGUUCCCCCAAAAGGAGUUCCUAGAACUAAAAUCGUUCCUAGUUCCUGCGGUGCGAACACGGCAAAAUCUGGGUACUUCAGCUAAUAGUUCUAGGAUCUAUGGAAAGGUUCCUCCAGUGCAAAAGCCCCUAUUGACUACCAUAGUAGGAAAAGAAAUACUGUGGUGGUCAAUGGGGGGCGAGAUCUGCUUGGUUACAAACAUUCUUCAAAAAUAUCUUCCUUCGUGUACAGCAGAACAAAGAAAUUUAUACAGGUUUGGAACAAUAUGAGGGUGGCAGAAUUUUCAUUUUUUGGGUGAACCAUCCCUUUAAAAAAUGUCAUUCUGUUUUCAGUGUGUGGAGUGAAUUGUUCAAAUGUCUGAAUGUUGAAAACAAUUAAUUGUUUUUUAAAUGCCAUCUUACACAAAUGUGUAAACUGUAUUUUAUUUAUUUAUUUAUUUUACUUUUAAUAUAACCUAUUAAGUUGAAAGUAAUAUUUAAAAGUCAGACUGUAUAGAUCCUCAGAGUAAAAACUGCACAUUCUUCACAGUACCCUUACUUUUUGGUUUUGGUUUGUAGUGUUACUUCCAUUUAGUUUAGCGGGUUUAGACCAAAUGUAAUAUAUAAAUGUAUUUUAAUGGUUUUCUUAACCAUACAUUUAAGUAUUAACAAAUAAACCGAUAAUAUAAAUAAAAUCGUCUGGAUUGUUCUAAAAUGUUCUCUCUUUUUUUUUUUAGAUUUAUUUAAUACAUUUAUUUCGUGUCAGAUUUCUACGACAAUUGGCUCACAUUAAGAUAAUUUUUCAUGUGGAUAAUGAAGAAUAAUGUUGCUGUAGGUGGGCGUGCUGCCUGCAGCGCGAGGACACGCCUAUUUUCAGCACACUUCAAUAUUCCACUCUCUGCUGCUGCUGUUCAAAGAAUGGGCGGG